CCUUACACUAGAUUCGACAAAAUGACGUCCAGUGCCGUUAUAAAAAUAUUGCUUAAGCAUGUGUUACGCUGGAGGUGGCUUCCGGUGACCAGUCUUGCUCACCAUCUCAUGACCCUUCCGGGAGCUUCAUGACGGGUAAGAUCGGCUUUUGGCGACUUUACGCGUCACGGACACCUAUUAAUUUUAAGUCUGGAUGAUUUACGCGCCAUUAACGAACAGUUUCAGAACUGAUCUUACUAAUGUCUGCGGUCAUAUGCACAAACGCCUGUAAGACGAACUCAUCUCCAUAUUAAAAGCUGUCAUUCCGUUUAAAUAAACCAACGCUCAUAAUGUACUUUACACACCUCGUACAUAAAACGAUGUUUAUAGCAAAUUAGGUAAAAAUAAGUGCACAUUACGGAACAAAUCGAAUGUUGCAAACUGGCCGUGAAGUAGACCAAGCAUUUUUUUCAGUAUUCUUCCCUGGUUUAUUAAGUUACUUUAAAUAUAUCACAACAAACUUUCUAGCUAAUUUGUUUAUAAACAUUUUUGAACGUCGGGAAAAACGCAGUGGCACCCGCAAUAUAAAAUACAAUAAUAAGGCAAACCCUAAACUGCUUUCCUUAUCACUGUAGCUGUUUCAUUUCAUCGUAAGUGAUAUAUAUAUGUGUGUGUAUGUAUGUGUGUGUGUGUGUGUGUGUGUGUGUGUGUGUGUGUGUGUGUGUGUGUGUGUGUGUGUGUGUGUGUGUGUGUGUGUGUGUGUGUGUGUGUGCAAAUAUUCAUAGAUUAUCUACAUACGAAUGUUCUUUGCAAUCUUUUAUCUUCAUCUAUACAAUGCAGCCAUUAUACGCCUUUCAAAUAUAAUAGUUACACGCUAAGCAACGAUAUAAGCGACAAUGAAUUCUCCCAAUACAUAGCUCAGACUACCGACAAACUGUUGCAACUCCCACUGCAUUACAACUGACCGACCAGUUAAUGAUUUCGGCCAUACUAUUUUUUCGUCUAUACAGAUACACAUAAAUCUACAGCUGGCCUCGAUCAGACUCCAGCAGCCGAAUCAUACAGCUGGCAGGACGACAGAUGGGUUCAGCUUCCCAGGUGUAUUUCCCGGUGCAACAGUCCAGACCAUACCCGGGCUAGGCUAUUUUAUACCUGGGCUAUGUGUUAGGCUAGGCCAGGUUGUACUCCCGGGUAUAAAAUGGUCUAGGCUAGAAUAUACCCCUUAGGCCAGAAUAUACCCUUUCCCUUUUGCAUGUAGCAUGUGUAUACCAUAUUGCCGGAAGAUAAUCGCUGGCGUUGAUGCCGAUCAUGCAGUGAGCUCACAACUGCAUAUAUUCCUUGUGCGCUGAAUUCUACAGGCCACUAUAUUAGACUCAAACUUGAAAUAUUUACUAGGAUUAUAACAAUCAUUAUAAUUAUAAUGAUAAUUGUUCUUAUCGUUAUCAUUAUCAAGAAAGUUUUAUUUUGGCCAAUAACAAGUGAGCAUUCAAAAGCCCACUGAAAUGUUCAGAAAUGAAUGGCAAAUAUAAGGCAUGUAUUUCUGGGGUUUAUUAAAGCAGGAAGUUACACGACUUUAAUUCUACUGUUAUUUUUGGACGGCGGUAGGAAGACGACGUCACGGGUCUGUCCAUUCGCCCAAAAAGUAAAGAGUGAAAAGUGCUGCAUCUUGUUGCUUUAACCCCGGAUAUAAUACAUUCUGGACGGGGGUACAGUCUGGGCUUUUACACCGCUAUAAGCCCUUCGCUAACAGGCACGGUUAGGCACGGAUCUUACUUGAGGUUCUUUACCACACACACACUUUUAUAUAUGUAUACAUACAACCAUACACAUACACGCACAAGCACAACCAAACACAUACACACGAAAAAUCGAAAAAGCGCAUAUUUCGAAACACGAGAACCUCCAGGCCCCGUAAUCGACGCAUUACUUGGCUUUAACAUCCGCUUCGCUCCAUCACAAUGUUGCAAGGUAAUCCUAAACAGGGAACUCACUGAACUCACUGCUGACACAACUUAAAUUCCCCAGCUCCUCGUCUUAUCCACAGCUCCACGUGUACGUAAGGAUCAAAGCUGCAAGUCAGUUCACUCAUAUUUGUAGUUUCCUGGGUAACUAAUGGGGAUGAGAAUCAAUAGCAAGGUAUCGUACGAUAUUCUCUUCUAUAGGGAUGUAUCUUCAUCACAGAGACGAUCUGGCUGUAUUUAUUUACAUCUUCAUUGUAUCAGUCCUAGGCCUACUUACCUUCUCUGGACUCAACAUGACCAGUUUUAAAACAAGCAGCACCUGGCCUCAUAUACGAAGAAAGAAUUCCUGUUCAAUGAUGCCUGUGAGUGAGUCAGUGGCACGUAUUCCUUUUGUCCGUCACUCACUGGGUUACAUACCUAGACUGCGACGUCGAACCUUCUUCUCUUGCAGUAUUAACAGCGACCGGACCCAGGACAACGUGCACUUACGUAUAGAAUAAAUCCGUGUUGUGCGACCUAAACAAGUGACAAAAAUAAGUUGCAUUGAAAACUUUUCUUGUCGGAGAGCGUGCGUCAAGUUCAAGCCAAUCCUGUGGCGCGGUGAGCUAAAAAAAACAUUCCGUAGUAAGUGGUCACGCUAAAAGAAUACCGUCUAAUUUUGGUAACAAGUGUAACGUAUGGACGAAGUGUCAGGGGGGAAUAACAGUGCCGGUGUCACGCAGGAGUAUCACGAAGCCGCUAGUUCGAGCUCUACACACGUCCUCCUCCACGAGCACCCUCCCAGGCUACUCUCCAUACUCCCCAGUAAACUUCACACACAUCCGCGGCGAAGAGAUCGGAUACCGGGACAGCUGACUGAGGAUCGCCAGCGUACAAGGAUGGGCCAGAAAUCGACCAGUGUUAAACGGCGAGUGAAACAGAGGCGUGAGGAGAACCGCAUCUCCCUUCGAUGGAGUCGCCACUUGCCAUGGUUUAACGAGUCUCUGGUGCAAAGUGAUCGAGGAAGUAAAUACCUACAAAGUGUGGAAUUUGACAGUUCACAACAAGAGGUGCCGGAGAUGACGGAGAGGCUCUUCAAAGUGAUCAUUAUCGGGGAUCCUACGGUGGGCAAGACAUCCUUCGUGCAACGUUACGUGCAAGAUUCCUUCAGGAGGGACUACAAGGGAACAGUCGGAGUCGAUUUCGCGCUCAAGAUCCUAAAAUGGUCCGAUUCCGAGACGAUAAAGUUGCAGCUCUGGGAUAUUGCAGGUCAAGAGAGGUUCACAUGGAUGACCCGAGUGUACUACAAGGACGCGCAAGGUUGCAUCAUCAUGUUCGACCUCACGAACCGCAACUCAUUCCUCAACACACUGAAGUGGAAGAAAGACGUCGAUUCUAAAUGUACUCUGGAGGACGGCAGCCCCAUUCCGUGCAUGCUGCUGGCGAACAAGUGCGAUUUGCCGCACCGCCAAGUCGACCAACUAGAAAUAGAGAAAUUGUACAAAGACCACAGCUUCACGGGAUGGACGGAGACCUCGGCUAAGGAAGGACUGAUGGUGACUGAUUCCAUGAGGUUCCUGGUGGACGUGAUGAUGAAGCAGAAGGACGACCGGGACGAGGACUCCACCCAGUCGUCUCUUCGCCUCACGCCCGCCGACCCCGAGAAGCCCCACGGAUGCUACUGCUAGGACCCGGGUGGUCGCGGCGGCGGUCCCGGACGCUGCGCUGAGACGAGGGCCUCGCCGUCUCCACCGUCAGCCUGUCGCAUUUGAUGUUAUCUCUGUUGUAGUGAGAUGCCAAAUUGCCCAUUUCCAAUUCUCUGUAUAAUUUUCAAUUAUGAGAUUAUGAGACCCAUUAUUACUGAGUAAAUAAAGUGCACAGAAGUCAUAAUGUUUACAAGGUCACCAAUAGCAGACCAAAGGGAGUAUCAUCGGUAGUAAUUUAAGUAACAGCCAGUAGUUACUAAGGAGGUGGCUUUGGUAUGGUUGAUGUUUGUACAAUGUCCGGUAUGUUUCACCCAAAGAACAAUGAGGGAAAAGUUUCGUAUCAGUCCUGUGUGUCCUAUGAACAUCUGGAGUAUAAAACUUACCUUGGCUGCGGGAUCCUGUGCCCUCGGUUAGGCUCACUUGGAUGGUGACGUCGCCACAAAAGAAUAAAUAGGGAAAGUAAGUGAAUGAAUGAGAGGAUGAGAGAGAGAGAGAGAGAGAGAAAGAGAGAAAGAGAGAAAGAGAGAGAGAGAGAGAGAGAGAGAGAGAGA